AUGCAUCUUUUCACCCUCCUCGCCCUCCCACCCCUCCUGCUCCUAACCCGCUACCUCUUUUCUCUCAUAUACACAACCUACACGCACCGCCCCCUCCUCUCCAUCCCAGGCCCGCUACCAACCCGCUUCACACGCCUCUGGUACUUCACCCGCUUAUGGGCAGGCCACUUCGAGAACGACAAUAUCGCCCUGCACAAACAGUACGGGCCCAUCGUGCGCAUCGCCCCAGACCAUUAUAGCAUCGAUGUCAGUGACCGCGCGGCAAUCAAAACGAUCUAUGGUCCUGGCACGCGCUUCGCGAAAGCAGCUUGGUAUGAGGGGUGGAAACAUCCUGAUCCGGACCGCUGGACGCUGUUUCCGGAUCGGGAUAUUAGACGGCAUGGCGAGACAAGAAAACGCUUCGCAGCGCUCUACUCCAUGAGCUCGCUAGUGCACUACGAGGCCUUCGUGGACUCAUCCGCAGACGUAUUCACGACCCGCCUUGCACAAUUCGCAGACACCAAUGCAACAUUCAAUCUAGGCGCGUGGUUCCAGUUCUACGCGUUUGAUGUCAUCGGGCAGAUUACGUACGGGGAGCGCUUUGGUACAUACCUCUCUACCUUCCAUUCUCUCCAAAAUGUGAUAGCGUGUGCUGAUGUACGUGGCGUGAUAGGCUUCCUAGACAAAGGCACCGACAUCGACGGGACGAUCGCGGCGCUGCAGAACCUCAUGACGUACAGCUCGCUUAUCGGGAUUUACCACGAGUGGCAUGCAACCCUCUUCGGUCCGCUAAGUCGGUUCUCCUGGUCUGGCGCCGGCGGCCGCGCGUAUAUAAUGCGGUAUGUGAGCGAGAAGAUCGCGCGGUAUAGCGCACGCACACCCAAGGAAAGAGACGUCGAGAACAAACAGCUGAAGACCCAGAAUUUCCUCGAGAAAAUGAUUCUCGCACGCGAUAAGGAUCCCGAGAAGGUCACGGACUACCAUGUUUUCAUGAUGGGGUUGAGCAAUGUCAUUGCGGGGUCGGAUACCACGGCGAUUAGUCUGUCUGCGAUCAUGUACCAUCUCCUUCGGAACCUGGGUGUUCUGCAGAAAUUGCAGAGGGAGAUUGAUACUUUCACGGAGCAGGGGAAAUGUAGCGCCCGCGUGACGUUCAAGGAGAGUCAGGAUAUGCCGUAUUUCCAGGCUGUGAUCAAGGAGGCCCUGCGCAUGCACAGUGCGACCGGGUUACCCUUUUGGCGUGUUGUUCCUGAGGGGGGUGCCGAGAUUGCGGGACGGUUCUUUCCAGCGGGCGCCGUUGUGGGCGUUAAUGCGUGGGUGGCACAUUAUGAUGAAGAUGUGUUCGAGGAUCCGCAUGUCUUCAGGCCGGAGCGGUGGAUUGAGGCGGAGUGUGGACUUGAUGCUGAAAAGGCAAGGGUUAUGAAUGAGAUGUAUAUGCCGUUCGGUCUCGGCUCGCGCACGUGUCUGGGGAAGCAUAUUUCGAUCCUGGAGAUGUCGAAGCUCAUUCCAAGGAUUCUGCGCGAGUUUGAGUUUACGGCUGAAAGGAGAGAAUGGAAGACGGAGAACCAUUGGUUUGUGAAGCCGGUUGAUUUUGAGGUUAGGGUCAGGCGCAGGGAGAAGGUCUGA